AUAAAAUUAUAAUUAGACAAUAUGUAACAUCAAUACUUUUUUACGUAGUUGGGAUAGAUAAUGUUUUCCUUGGUGUUCGUAACGCAAAUAAUGAAAUUCCUUAUAGUGUUGGAACACUAAAAAAAAUAGAAGAACCC